UUAGCGGCAGCAGCGCUUCUUAGUGGACCUUCGCUUCCAAUAUCUCCCACGAGCGCCUCCUCUUCUCCACUCCGCCGCUUUCUUCGACUCCUCAGAAUGUCGUACCCGGAAUCCAAACCCGACCCGAAACCCCAACAGCCCGUCAAUGCCACUGAUCUCGAUGAAGAAGACGACCUCGACGACCUCGACGAUCUCGACGAGGAAGAAAUUGAAGACGAUGACGCUUUUAUCGAACCGGAACGGCCCAAGAGCCGGACUGCCGAGGAACGAGCCCGCGAGGAGAAGGUCAAAAUGGCGUCUUUGGUCCGGCGGAUGCAGAGCGGCGCCGUUUCGCUACGGGUCCACGACGUCAUCAUCAAGGGGAACAACAAGACCAAGGACUACAUCAUCGAAGCCGAAGUGGAGGCCUUGAAGAAUGCGAGUACGAUUCAGGACUUGUUGCGAGUUUCCUCUGCAGUGAAUAUGAGGUUGCAGGCGCUUGAAGUUUUUGAUUCUGUGGCCAUCAGGCUCGACUCUGGGCCGCCGGAGCUACCUGACACCACCAACGUGAUCAUCGAGGUUGUUGAGACUGCAAACCCUCUCUCGGGUGAGAUUGGAGCUUAUACUAAAGCAGAGGCUAGAUCUUAUACAGUGGAAGGAUCACUCAAGUACAAAAAUUUGUUCGGCUAUGGGGAUAUCUGGGAUGGUUCAUUGAAAUAUGGCUGUGAUCACUCAGCAGAGGUAAGUGCUGGUGUGUCCUUGCCCAGGUUCAAAGGACUGGUUACUCCUUUGACAGCACGAGCAUACUUGCUGUCUCAAGAUUGGCUGAAGUUUUCUUCAUACAAGGAGCGGUCAUUGGGACUCUCACUUGGGUUAUUUUCUAGUAGUCAUCAUGACUUGACAUAUAAUCUUGCAUGGCGUAACUUGACGGAUCCAUCACAGUUGUCAUCUAAGACAAUAAGGAGGCAGCUUGGACACAAUUUACUUUCAUCUUUGAAGUAUACAUUUAAGAUUGACAGGAGAAAUUCAUCUUUGAGGCCAACUCGAGGAUAUUCUUUUGUUUCUACUACUCAAAUUGGUGGUUUUUCACCUGAUAGUCGGAGCUUACGAUUUCUUCGCCAGGAAUUUGAUCUACGAUAUGCUAUUCCUCUUGGAUUUUAUCGCGCUGCACUUAAUUUAGGGGUUUCUGCUGGUGUUAUCCUUCCAUGGGGAGAUGGGUUCUUGAGUAGGCCUUCAUCCAUACCAGAGAGGUUCUUUUUAGGUGGAAAUACAUCACCACUUUGCACUUUAGGAGGACCAACAACAUUAUGGGGAUUUAAGACAAGGGGAUUGGGGCUGACUGAGCCAAGAAGGCAGAUUAAUGAUGAGAAUGCUGAUCCUCCUGAGAGGGAUUAUCUUGGAGGAGACCUUGCUGUUAGUGCUUUGGCAGACCUUUCCUUUGAUCUUCCAUUCAGUUGGCUUAGAGAGAAGGGAAUCCAUGCCCAUGUCUUUGCCAAUGCUGGGAAUGUUGCUAAGUUAACAGAAAAUGAGUACCGAAAUUUCUCCAUGCGGAAGUUCAUGGAGUCAAUCCGAGGUUCUGUAGGAGUUGGGCUUGUCAUCCCUACAAGUCUAUUUCGUAUGGAGCUUAACUAUUGCCACAUACUGAAGAAAAAUGACUAUGAUCGUGCAAAGUCUGGCAUUUGGUUGACGUUCUCUGCUCCAUCAUAGCAACUUUGAGUUUCUGAAUGUAUUUCACAGGCAUAAACCAUGACAUGUCGAGCAAUUGAGUUUUGUUUUUUUUUUUUUUAUAAUUUUUUGGGAAUUCAGCUUCGAUGGUGGAUACCUUAAUAUUGUCUCUUAAGAGCCACUGAUUUUUCCAUUUUCAACUGUAACUUAAUAAUUUUCAUAGAAAAGUUUAGAAACAAUGGCACUUUUCAGCGCACGAACAAAGAAAAAAAAUAAUGGAAUGGCCCCUUU